UUUAUAUCCGGAUCGACAGCGGCCAUCAUGCAUCUCUGUGCAGGAGUGAUAUUACUGCUAGUCCCCUGUGUGGUGCUGUCCGUAGACAGACAGAAGGUGUUUGGGAAUCUGCAUGAGUCGGCGUCUCUCCCCUGUACUGUGCAGUGCUCUGGUGAACUGACCUGGACCAGGUUUCAGAAGCAGGACGAUGUUCUGGUCAGGUGUAGCAGCGUCUCGUGCAGGUCUAAAGACGGGUUUAUUGUCUCUUAUGAACAGUACCUGAAGGGGAAUUCCUCCCUGACCAUGCUGAAAGCUGAUUACAGCCUUCGAGGACUCUACAUGGCCAAGUGUGUCUCGGAGACCGUCUGUGAAGUCGUCUUUACGUUGUCCCCUCUAGAGAUGACCCGUGUGAUUGCCCCAGGUGAACCCAUAGACGUGCACUUACCCCUCACUGACCUGGUGGAGGUGAGUUUUACUGCCAGUGAUGCUGUACAACCAUCAAACCUGCAGAUCUGCAGCGUGGACAAGGAGAAGAUCCAGUGCAGUCCAGAUUAUAAAGAGAGAGCGUCUCUCCUCAACACUCUUCAGAUUAAAGAUGGAGACGUCUCUGACAGUGGGAACUACACAGUACGGGAUAAAGUGAAUGAUGAGACUUUAGCCAUCGUAACGGUCCAUAUGAGAGAUGAACCCGUGUCCCAGACUCGCUCUCGAGGACGCCGCAGUGCACCUGAGCCGUGUCCACACAUCAAGCAGCAGGAAGGUGUACCAGUGUGGGUGGUUGUACUGAUACUGAUGCUGCUGCUGAUGGUUGUAUCUGUGCUUGUGGUUGUAUCUGUGAUGCAUGUGCGUCUGAGGAGAGAAGUUCAGCAGCUCCGUGAGAAUGCUGAGAACAGCAGACUCCCUCUCCUCCAGCAGAAUGGAAACGGUAACCAUCCAGGAGAAGAGUCGAAUUUAAAUAACCCUUAGGCCAGGUCCAGAGUGUAUGAUAAGAUAAUUAAUCAGAGUGUAGAUGAGCCACGUCGUAUAAAACUAUUGAUGGCAUUACUCAUGUUACACUCCAUCCACUGCCAGCCCGUGCAGAAUAGAAUUCACUUUAAUCUAUUAAAGUUUUCAGUAAGAAAAUCCAUCUGCAGUGGCAAGAAAAAGUAUGUGAACCUUGUGGAAUUUCAUGGUUUUCUGCAUAAAUUUGUCAUAAAAUGUGAUCUGAUGUUCAUCUAAGUCAGGGGUAUUGACAAAUAUAAUGUGUCUAAAAUAAUAUAACACACAAAAUUCUGAUCCUCAUGUCUUUAUUGAACACGCUCAUUCAACAUUCAAAAUGGCAGUGGAAAAAGUAAGUGAACCCUUAGAAUUAAUAACUGGUUGAACCCCCGCUUGGCAGCAAUAACCUCAACCAGGAGCUUCCUGUAGCUGUGGAUCAGACCUGCACAUCGUUCAGGAGGAAUUUUAUCCCGUUCUUCCUGCAGAACUGCUUUAGCUCGGUCAUAUUCUUUGGACGUCUCAUGUGUAUGGCUCUCUUCACGUCAUUCCAUAGCAUCUCUAUUGGGUUGAGGUCUGGGCUCUGACUCCGCCCUUCCAAAGGCAGAUUUUGUUUCUCUGAAGCCAUUCUGUUGUGGACUUGCUCCGGUGUUUUGGGUCAUUGUCCUGUUGCAUCACCCAACUUCUACACAGUUUCAGCUGACGUACAGACAUUCUCACAUUAUCCUGAAGAAUUGUCUGAUAUACUCGGGAGUUCAUCUUCCCCUCAGUGACUGCAAGCUGGCCGGGCCCUGAUGCAGCAAAGCAGGCCCAGAUCAUGACGUUUCCUCCCCCGUACUUUACAGUUGUGAUGUUUUCAUGAUGACAGGCCGUGUCCUUUCUACACCAGAUGUAGUGCUGUGUGCUUUUUCCAAAUAUUUCAGUCUUAGUUUCAUCAGUCAUCUUUUCAUCUUUUUUCCUUGUACUUUUUUAGGUCAUUAUUUUUUUUUUUAUUCACUGUACAGCAUGUUGAACAAGUUUAUAUGAAAAUGUGACACAAGAAAUCACUGCGUUUUGUAAAUUUUGUAUUUUGUGUAAAAGAUUUAAAGACAUAUUUUGCGAUGUGAAGUUUUAUAAAAAUAAAGCGUUUAUGCUUCUGAAAGUU